UCCGCCCAAACUGUGACGUACAAAUAGAGAGACGGUGAGGUCUUUCGUGCUCUGGAGGGUACGUGCUCCUGCGGAUCUGAUAUCAACCACUCAUGCAGCGUUGCCUGACUCUGACACUUGCCCGGCACAGCAGGCUCCUCUUGAAAAAUAAGUUUGCAUCUUCUCACCACCCGCAGUCAGCAGCCAUGUCGGGUCUUCUCAUCAACCAGCCCAAAUACGCCUGGCUGAAAGAACUGGGCUUGUCAGAGGACAACCCAGGAGUUUACAAUGGGAGCUGGGGAGGCAGUGGAGAGGUCGUCACAUCGUACUGCCCAGCCAACAAUGAGCCUAUUGCCAGAGUUACCCAGGCCACUUUGGCUGAAUAUGAAGAAACUAUCCAGAAGACUAGAGAAGCUUGGAAGAUGUGGGCAGAUAUCCCUGCACCCAAAAGAGGAGAGAUUGUGAGGCAGAUUGGCGACGCAUUAAGAAAGAAGAUCAAUGUUCUUGGAAGUCUUGUGUCUCUUGAAAUGGGCAAGAUCUAUGUUGAAGGGGUGGGUGAAGUUCAAGAGUACGUUGAUGUCUGUGAUUAUGCUGUUGGUCUGUCUAGAAUGAUCGGGGGACCGAUCCUGCCAUCAGAAAGACCAGGUCAUGCCCUGAUUGAGCAGUGGAAUCCUGUUGGCCUCGUUGGCAUCAUCACAGCCUUCAACUUUCCCGUUGCUGUCUAUGGCUGGAACAAUGCCAUUGCUCUAACCUGUGGUAAUGUCUGCCUCUGGAAAGGAGCCCCUACUACACCUCUCACCAGUGUUGCAGUUACCAAGAUUGUGGCUGAGGUGCUUGAGAAGAAUAACCUCCCUGGUGCCAUUUGCUCUAUGACCUGUGGUGGUGCAGAUAUUGGCACUGCCAUGGCCAAAGAUGAGCGUGUGGACCUGCUGUCUUUCACAGGCAGCACUCACGUUGGCAAAAUGGUGGCCAUGAUGGUGCAAGAACGGUUCGGUCGCAAGUUGUUGGAGCUAGGUGGAAACAAUGCUAUCAUUGUUUUUGAAGACGCCGACCUGAAUCUAGUGGUGCCUUCUGCUGUUUUUGCUUCUGUGGGAACUGCAGGCCAGCGCUGCACCACUACCAGAAGGUUGAUGCUGCAUGAGAGCAUCCAUGACACAGUGGUUGAAAGAAUAGCCAAGGCAUACAAACAAGUUCGCAUUGGAGACCCCUGGGACCCCAGCACCCUAUAUGGUCCUCUGCAUACCAAGCAGGCUGUGGAGCAGUAUCUGGCAGCUGUUGAGCAGGCCAAGCAGCAAGGUGGCACCCUGGUCUGUGGAGGAAAGGUCAUGGACCGCCCUGGAAACUACGUUGAGCCCACCAUCAUUACAGGACUGGCUCACGAUGCACCUAUCGUCCAUACUGAAACCUUUGUCCCCAUCCUGUAUGUCCUCAAGUUCAAGACGGAGGAAGAGGCGUUUGCCUGGAACAACGAAGUCCAGCAGGGUCUGUCCAGCAGCAUCUUUACUAAAGAUAUGGGCCGGGUCUUCCGCUGGCUAGGGCCCAAAGGAUCCGACUGUGGUAUCGUCAAUGUCAACAUUCCUACAAGUGGAGCUGAGAUCGGUGGUGCAUUUGGCGGGGAAAAGCACACAGGAGGUGGCAGAGAGUCAGGCAGUGACUCUUGGAAGCAGUACAUGAGGCGGUCAACAUGCACAAUCAACUACAGCAAGGAUCUUCCUCUGGCCCAGGGAAUCAAGUUCGAGUGAAGCUCUUGGCUGCUUUGUUGUUUAGGUUGCAACACUAAAUAUCUUCAGGAGUAGAAUGAUGCUGAAUACUUUUUAAUACUGAAAGGUCAGCUUCAGUUUAAGAAAAUUGAGUCAUUUAGGAUCUGUGUCGGUAGACAUUAAGUUUGUCUUUUGCUGUGGCUUUAGAUAUGAAUCUGACAAUUGAAACAACUUUCAGUAUGCUCUUUAAAAGGUCAAAUCCUGUUUCAAAUUUGCGUGCACUUUUCUACAGGCACAAGAAGUACGAGUGCCAGAUGACUGUAACUGAUGCUUUAUACUGUACAAUAAAUAAUACAUUUAUUUUGGAGCAAGAUUUGCAUAAGUCUUAUUGAUGUGUAGAUUAAAUAGUUAAGUAGCAUUUCAUCGCAGAUUAACUGAAUAGAUCUUAUCAAGAUUUCUAUGUUCUAGAUUUAAAACCUCUGCACCCCUUUCUCUACAUCAAUAUGCAUGAAUUUGUAUUUGAUGAACUCUGAAAGAACAAACCUGUUGCUCUCUGGCAAAAAAUAAAUACUUUUGA